GCAGGCACUGGCAGCGUUGUCAGAUCGUAUUUCCCCCCAGACAAAAAACACUCUUCAUCUCAAAAGGAUAUACAAAUAAAAUUACAAGUCGUUCGGUCGCACCUUCAGCAUGGCGGACAAUGAGGAGUAUGACCGUGCAUUUACAACAAUCGCCGAUAUCUCCGAGGAGAUGGAAUGCACUCAAGUUACUCACGUUCCGCAGGUCCUGAAGCAAUUGGAGGACAUUCAGGACUCGGAGGAGGAAAUGCGGUUGGCUGAGGGAAAGCGACUGGGCAAAAAAUACGAUUCGGUCUUUCAUUAACCAUCCAAAAGUUCUCACGUCACAAUCGUUGCGAGCGACACCUGCCCAGGUGUUGGCCUGGCAAUUAAUGACUGGCUGAACUCCUCACAUUCACACGAGCAAACACAGAGCCAGGGAUCCAAUGAAGGAGCCAACGGCACGCAAGCCGUGAAGGGUUCGGUCCUGAAACUCAAACAAAUUGUGACAAAGUUGCGGAAAUUUAAUUAAAAUCAAAUACAAACACAAAUAACUACUACAAAAGCGCAAAAGGGGUAGCGAAUUGGCAGUCAGGUGUGACCCGUUAGUUUCUAACACGCUCGCAGCCCCGGCUGAAAGUCGCUAGUUUUCCGCGUCGUUUAAUAAACAAAAUGUAAACAAAGUUUAACAGCAAUGACACACAUGACUCCUCCACCCCCGCUCGCCUUGUUUUUUGUUUUUGUUUUUUUCAUAG